GCAGCUCUUCGAGAGGACAACGCGGAGGGGGCACAUCCGCGCUCCCACUUCCUCCUGACGCAGCCUGUGAUUGGCUCGCAGCCUUAAGACUAACACGUGAAGCAGCAGCUGAGACUGGCAGAAACUUACCGGCGGUCUCCGGGUAGCAUCGCACCGUACGGCGGUCAGCUUAGGACAGCCCGGCCUGGGGACAAUGAGGUCGUCGUGCGUCCUACUGGCCGCGCUGCUGGCGCUGGCCGCUUACUACGUGUACAUCCCACUGCCCGGCGCGGUGUCCGACCCCUGGAAACUGAUGCUGCUGGACGCCACUUUCCGCGGCGCGCAGCAACUGAGUAACCUGAUACACUCCCUGGGGCUGAGCCACCACCUGAUCGCGCUGAAUUUCAUCAUCGUUUCUUUUGGCAAGAAAAGCGCAAGCUCUUCUCCAAAGGUGAAGGUGACUGACACUGACUUUGAUGGUGUGGAAGUCCGAGUGUUUGAAGGCUCUCCAAAACCCGAUGAGCAACUUCGACGAAGUGUGGUCUAUAUCCACGGAGGAGGCUGGGCCUUGGCAAGUGCAAAAAUCAGCUACUAUGACGAGCUGUGCACAUCAAUGGCCGAGGAGCUGAACGCCGUCAUCGUUUCCAUCGAAUACAGGCUAGUUCCACAGGUCCACUUUCCCGAGCAAAUUUACGAUGUCAUCCGUGCCACAAGAUACUUCUUGCAGCCAGAAGUCUUAGACAAGUACAAGGUAGACCCUGGCAGAGUUGCUGUUUCUGGAGACAGUGCUGGUGGGAAUUUGGCAGCUGCCCUUGGACAACAGUUUACUUACGUUGCCAGCCUGAAAAAUAAGCUCAAACUGCAGGCUUUAAUCUACCCAGUCCUCCAGGCUUUGGAUUUCAACACACCCUCUUACCAGCAGAACGUGAACACUCCAAUCCUGCCACGCCACGUCAUGGUGAAGUACUGGGUGGAUUACUUCAAAGGCAACUAUGACUUCGUACAGGCCAUGAUUGUGAACAAUCACACUUCCCUUGAUGUGGAGAAGGCCGCAGCCCUCAGGGCCCGUCUCAACUGGACAUCCCUGUUGCCCUCAUCCAUCAAAAAGAACUACAAGCCUGUCAUGCAGACCACAGGUGAUGCCAGGAUCACCCAGGAGAUCCCUCAACUGCUGGAUGCAGCUUCUUCCCCGCUCAUCGCAGACGAGGAAGUGUUGCAGGACCUUCCGAAAACCUACAUCCUCACCUGUGAGCAUGAUGUCCUGCGGGAUGAUGGGAUCAUGUAUGCCAAGCGCCUGGAGAGUGCAGGUGUGAACGUGACCUUGGACCACUUUGAGGAUGGCUUCCAUGGUUGUAUGAUUUUCACAAGCUGGCCGACCAACUUCUCUGUGGGAAUCCGGACUAGGAAUAGUUACAUCAAAUGGCUGGAUCAAAACCUGUGAUGGAGUAAACUCCUCAGACAUGCAAAGCUCUUGACCUCUUCUGUUUGCUUUGAAAAGACCCACACUUUUCAAUCAUUGGCACUUUUCCUUGUUUCUCAUGAGUACUGGAAUCUGUAUCCUGCAGACCUUAUAAUAAUCUACAUUUUAAAAGUGACUCACCAACAAGUUUAAGAACAUCUGGGCCAUUUUCUCUAUUCUUUAUUAUAGCCCACGUGGUAUGAAUGGUCACAAUUUGAGGAGCUAGAAAUAGCCCUAGGUCCUGCCUCUGCUGUGUUCUUUCCACAAGAACUUCUUCUGGCUGUGGGUGAGAUAAUAACUUCUGAGGAACUAAAAAAAAAAAAAAAAAAAAAAAAAAAAAUGGCAGCUUCUCUUCAGUUCUUCAGGUUGAAACAGGGUACCGAGCAGGGUCCAGGGGACACUCUGAGGCCAGCACUGGGGACUGCAUGUCCUCUGCCUCUGACAAUGGUUGUGUUUCCUAUGGGAAUUUUGACAGGAUUUCUAGCAGGCCACACCUCUUUUUAAAAGCUUCUCUUCCCCCAGAGUAUUAAUUAUGAGCAGGGUGCUGUACAUUCAGUGGGGACUAAGGGUGACUGGGAAGUUAUUUUCUAUGCCUAUUCUGAGAAAACAAGAGGCUGCAUGAACUGAAUAUUUCCCUGAGAAAAUCUUUUGGAAACAAACUUAUUUAACUGUAGAGUAAGUUAUCUAUUAUGAAAUAAGUCAAGAUAGAAAAAAAAAAACCAGCCUAUUGUUACUUAGGCACACUCCUGGCAUAAAUCACUAAGAGUGGUAUGUAUAUAUUUGUUAUAGUAAGGAAGUAAACCCUGCUUAAUAAGACCUUAGAAUUAUGAGAAAUACCUUUAGAAGGGCUAGUCCAUUUGUGGAAGAAGGGCUAGUCCAUUCUUGAAAACCCAACUUUUUCACUUGUAGCUGAAAAUUAGGGAAUUUUCAUAUAGUGUAUUGUUUAUUUUUUAAGUUAUUUAAUGUUAAUAUAUAUAGCUGAACAGGAUUUUUCUGAAAGAUAUCUAUUAUAAAAAAUUUAAGAUAAAGGGUAUUUUAAAAAGAAAAUUACCAUAGAGUUAUAUCCAUGUGCAAUUUGUGAGUAGCUAGAUAAAUUAUAGUAGUAAGGAUCACAUACUUUGAUAUUUAUAUGCAUAUGCAAAUUACAGUAAUUAGAAACAUUUUACCUAGUACAGACAUCCAGGUAAUGCUGGUUGACCAUCCUAAUCCAAAAUUGGAACUAUCCCAAAACCCAGAUGGCACAAGUGGAAAGUUCCAGACCAUGGAAGUUUAUUUUGUGCAUAAAAUUUUUAAACUUGUUGUGUGUAGUUACCCUCAGGCUAUGUAGAUAAGGUGUAUAAAAAGCACAAAUGAAUAUCCUAAUUAGACUUGGGUCCCAUUCUCAAGAUAUUUUGUUACAUAUAUGCAAAUAUCCCAAAGUCUAGAAAAGUUAAAACUCUGAAACAGUCUUGUCUCCAGCUUUUCAGAUGAGAGAUACCCAACCUAUAAUUUAAAGACACACAUGCUCAUCUCUGCCCAUGAUGACCAGGAGAGCCCUCACGGGAAUCCCUGUGUGUGACAGGCAGACGCCAGCACUGCCCACUCCAAGUUUCUCCGUGUAGGUCUAGACGUUCCAACUGCGCAGCCUUACCUUCAUAAAUGGUCUUCACUGCCAGUGUGGGCAUCUUGGGCAUAGGAAGGGAUUCCAGAUUUGAGUUGAACACCCUGCCCUCCUUCCUAUCAUCCCAACUUCUGCCCACGAUCCAUGCUACAUUUAGGGACUGUCCAGAGGACACGCAACCGAGUCAUGACACAGUGCACCGUGAAAGGAGAGCAGAGCCUUUCCACUCUGUGAAGCAUGGGUGCUUCCUGUUUCCAGCAACGAGAACAAGUGUAAAGUUUCACUCUGCUUUCAUUUAUCUUUAAAGCUACUGGCAUCUUUAUAUGUAACAAAUGUAGCAGUGUGUGUGUUUGUGUGUGCCGUGUGCAUAUGAAAAUAGUUUUAUAGAUGACCUUGCUGAUUUGCUCAAGUCACUGUCACUGGUCUCCCUUUUGUCUAAAAUUUGAGAGCAGAAUUGCUUGAUCUUUGAGAUCACUUCUAACAUCAGUCUUUUCUAUGGUAAUUUUGGUAGGUCAUAAUUCUGAAUACACCAACAUAGUCAUCUCUAAACACUGAUUUUGCUUAUAAAUAGGUUUUUAAAAAUUGGCCACAUGGCAUCAGUGCCUCCCUCCGCAGGGUUACCAUUGUUCAUAUUUAGGAUAUAAAUUGAUGCCCAUCUUCAACUGAGAUCACAGGGCAUUUUUAAAACCUGAAAUUUUAGUUCUUAUUUGAAUGCCAGCCAUCUUGUCAAGGUGCUGGGCAGGGAACCCAGGGCCUUACAUACUUGGCAAGUGCUUUACCCUGAGCUACACCUGGAGCUUCAUUACUGUUUUCUUCUAUGCCAUUUAAAGGUGUGAAAUAUAUUUUAACUUUACCUCUAAGAAAGAGGAAUAUUAAUGUAUUUACAGAGUUCCUUAAAAUGGUAUUUUCUUCUCAAACUAUAUAAGCCAAAUUCUGCAGAAAUCACACAAUGAAUGUCCACAGAUGUCUGAAGAGCUCUCAAGGAUGAAGGGGGGAUGGAGGGGACAAAGGGACUACCCACUAUAUCUGACAGAAUACUUGGGGUUUUAUUCUUACAGGUAUGUUGUUCUCCAUAACGUUUUCAGUAUAUGAUAGCUUGAUUUCCUUUUCCUGUUUGAUGAAAAGGUUGCACUUUAGAAUACUAAGAUCUUUGAAAUCAGAACAUUAACAAAUGAAGGAAAAUGUUGAGAUGCUGCAAAGUGUCAUGAAGUACGAUUCAUCUUGUGUUUUCACGAUCAUUUCUGAGGACUCUGAAGACUUGCAUAAUGAUGGUGAAUGGAAUAUUUUGUGCAAGACAUUUUAACCUUUGACUUUGUGCCGAUUUCCCACUGCCCAGGGGAAGGCAGAUUUUAAGAAGAGUUUUAGGAACAAGUAUAUUUAUGGACUGAAAAUCCAGUAUAGCACUGGGAAAGUUUAUGUUUGGCAUCUUGUUUGGAAAUAAAACGGGUCCAUCUGGAA